AUGAUUUUAAACUAUAACUAUUUUAGAAUUGAAAAUAAUAAUAAUAAUAAUAAUAAAUUUGAAGAUUUAAAUAAAUUAUUUUUUAAAAUAUGGAGAAAUUUAAUAAUUAGGAAUGAAAUUUUAGAAAAUGUUAGAAAAUUUAAAAGAUUUGAAAAAUUACCAAAGAUAUGUGUUAGUUCUUAUUAUAUAGAGAAUGAAAAUAGAUAUUUUUAUAAAAGAGUAUUAAUUAAUGGUAGCAGUAAAAAGGAAAUAAUUGAGAAAUUAUCAUAUCUACCUCAUACAGUUGAAGAAUUAACAAUUGAAUAUAAAAGUAUUGAAGACCUACCAACCUCAAAAAUAUCAAAUACUACCUACUUCAUUCCACCAUUUAUAACAACAUUAAUAUUUGAAAAUUCAAUUCAAGAUUCAAAGAUUGCAUUUAAUUUCAUACCACCAACCAUUAAAAAAUUAAUAUUACCAAUAUAUUUUAAUCAACCCUUAAGAAAUACAAUUAAUGAAUCAAUUUUCCCAAUGAAUUCAAGUUUAGAAUCAAUUGAUUUCGGUGAGAGUUUUAAUAAAAAUCUAUAUGAUUUACCAAAAUCUUUAAAACAAAUUAAAUUGUCAAAAGAUUUCAACUUAAAAUUAAAUAAAAAUUCAAUACCAAAGAAUGUAAAAGAAAUUGAAUUUGGUAGCAAAUAUUCAAAAUUAAUAGCAAAUAAUGUGCUACCACCAUGUGCAAUUGUAAAAAAAGCGUAUACAAUUAAUUACAGAAUUCAGAUUUAUAAGGCCUAUGAAAAAGUAUUCAUCCCGAAUUGGACAAAAUCUUUAAUACUUGGUCCAAGAUGUAAUGUUGACCUUUUACCAAACUUGUACAAUUUAAAAAUUAAUUACCUAUCAUUGAAUUGUAAAGGGUAUUCUGAUCUAUCAAAUAUUUCAAAAUGUAAUUCAAUUAGGUAUAUUAAAUUUGGUGAAAAUUUCUCACAAUCAAUUUCAAUCAAUGAUUUACCUCCAAAGUUAGUUUCAUUAUACUUUUCAAAAUCAUUUUACCAAACAAUUACAAAAUCAAUGUUACCAAAAAAUUUAAAUUUUUUAUAUUUAAAAUCUGAUAACAUCGAUAUUGAAUUCCCAUUAAAUAUGAAAUAUUUAGCAAUAUUUAUUUCAAAAAAUAAUAAAUAUAUUAUUAAUAAAAUUAAUGAAGAUCCAAAUAUAAUUAAAGAAAAUAAAAUUCAUAUAGUUUUAUAA